AUGGCCACUGUAACCUCUGCUGCUGUUGCAAUCCCAUCUUUCACUGGUCUUAAGGCAGGUGGCGCCUCCAGUGCCAAAGUCAGUGCUAGUGCUAAGGUUCCACCCUCUCCACUUCCAAGGCUCAGCAUCAAGGCUUCAAUGAAAGACGUUGGUGUUGCUGUUGUCGCCACCGCUGCUAGCGCAAUGAUCGCUAGCAAUGCCAUGGCCAUUGAGAUAUUGCUCGGAGGUGAUGAUGGAUCAUUGGCUUUUGUUCCCAGCGAAUUCUCCGUUUCCUCUGGUGAAAAGAUUGUCUUCAAGAACAAUGCCGGAUUCCCACACAACGUUGUCUUCGACGAGGAUGCUGUCCCAAGUGGGAUUGAUGUGUCAAAAAUCUCCAUGAGCGACGAGGAUCUCCUCAAUGCCAAAGGAGAGACUUACGAAAUUGCCUUGAGCGAUAAAGGUGAAUACACUUUCUACUGUUCUCCUCACCAGGGAGCUGGCAUGGUGGGAAAAGUGACCGUUAACUAA